GAGAAGGGUUUGAGCGGAACCAACUCUGGCAACACUGCUAGGUGUAAACAAAUCGCCGGGCUACACGUCAAUUGUCGUCAUUUAUGAACCGAGCGGAAAAUGACGUUUAUGCAUAACGACCGAAAUAACGAUGGCUGGCGUUAGGUGGUCGUUUAUUUUAUGCGUUACCGUCACCCUGUGUACGCUAUCAUGUGUGCCUACAGCUGCCAACGACGUAAACCAGGUCAACCUGUUCCAAAGUCUUUUCCAGAAGAAACGAGGGGAACAUAAAUCUGCUGUGACAACCAUUCUAGCUUUCAACAAUUAUGUAAAGCAGCACAACAUGGUCAAGCUAAUUGCAGAGAAAGUCUUUCAGGUUUUAGAAAUCAGUCAGGUAACUCUUAGAGAAAAAGGAUUUGUUCCUGGAAUGGAAUUUCCUGAAGAUGAAACUGUGAGAGAAGCCCUUGCUCAAACAUUGGAGAACACUGCAUUCAUGGGAGAAGUGCUGUUACAUCUACCAGACAUUACUCAUAGUAUUUUGAAGAACAACAAGCCUUGGCAGUUGCUCUUCACUUGGGGAAUAUUUUUUGCCUCACAGUCCAAAUUCUUAGACAAGAAUACUAGUCACUUUAUUUACCUGGUAUCACAAGAAAUGGGAGUUGCCGAGAAGGACCCUCACUAUGUUAACCCUUAUUCAAAAGAAAACGCUCGCGUUAGUGGUGAAUGGUCACGAAGAAAGGAUGGUAAUUCCCAAGAGAAGAAGAAACAACGAAAAACAUUCAAGAAAGGUCCACAGCUGUCGAGAAGUUAUGGUGAUCUAUAGUGAAUAAAAUCAAUAAAUAUAACUUUUUAAUGUAACGUGAAACCCAGUCUCCCUGAUAUGCAAAAAGUUGAGACUUGCAUUAGUGACAGUAUAUUGAAGUUUGAACCUUAUCAGUAAGCAAUGCUAGGGAAUUAAAGUGUGCGCUUAGCUUUUUAAAUUGGUGGUGAAUGCAGUAAGUGGUUUAUUCUUUAGUGGCAGGGUCAUUUCCUCAACUCUUUCUACUAGUUCCAUGCCCAGCCCAGAACUGAAAAUGCUCAAUUUUGUGCAGCUUUGGGUUUGAAAGAAAUCACCAGUUACAUUUUGGGGAAAUGAUUUCCAAAAUAUAAGUAUAGUAACACUUAUUAAUUUCUUUGAAGUCGAAUACCAUCACUGAAGUUUCUGUGGAUAUCAUUCUUGGAAUUAGCGUGAGUGAAAUCAAUUUGAAAACAUGGGGUAAUUAAAGCAGCUUUUAAAACUAUCCAAUAGACAAGUUUUAACAAGCUCUUUUGUGCCUUAGAUGAAGACAAUAUUAAUUCCUGCCUCAUUUUGAUGCUUAUUACUGCCAUGUAAGUGGAAAACUUCAUGAAAUAAAAUCAGCAUUUUUUA